AUGACAUCAAAACAACUUACUCUUCAAAGCAACAUGGAGCCAAUUGCCGUAGUUGGUAUUUCAUGUACAUUUGCUGGUGGAAUCAAUACAUCUGAAUUAUUUUGGAAGGUUCUUAAAGAUAGUAUUGAUGUUGGAAGUGAAAUUCCGAAAGAACGUUUCGAUCCCAAUUCCUAUGCUCCACUUUACAAUACAAAAAAACCUUUGAUACGUCGCGGUUAUUUUAUCAAUAAUGAUGAACUUGACCAUUUCGAUCCAUCAUUUUUCGGUGUAACAGAUGCUGAUGCAAUGUCAAUGGAUCCAUGUCAUCGAAUUUUACUUGAAAAAUUUGUUCAUUUACUUGAAGAUGCUAAUUAUCCUGUGGAUCAAAUGAAAGGAAGUCGAACAGCUGUUUAUAUCGGUCAAUUUACUACUGAUCAUCCAACAACAUUUUAUCGUUCGAAAGUUGAAGAUCAAUCAAAUUUAUUAGGACCUAACAUAUCAGUAUAUAAUGCUUCUGCUCGACUUUCAUAUCAUUUUGACCUUCACGGACCUAAUUUGACAUUGGAUACAGCUUGUUGUUCUUCACUUCAAGCUCUACAUCUUGCUGUUCAAAGUUUACGAAAUGGUGAAGCUGAUUUUGCUGUCGCUGGUGGAACUAAUUUAAACUAUGCACCCGAAAGUUUUUUCAUUUCAUUAAUCACCGGUGCUAUUUCACCCGAUGGAAGAUCACGUUCUUACAGUGAAGAUGCAAAUGGUUAUGCUAGGGGUGAUGGAGUUGCUAUGGUUCUUCUAAAGCGAUUAUCCGAUGCAAUUCGAGAUAAAGAUAAAAUCUAUUGUGUUGUUCGUGAUGUUAUGGCUUCACACGAUGGAAAUGAAGAAAAAAUGAAUUAUAAUGUUCCAUCAAGUUUUGGACAAAAUCUUCUUCUAAAAGAAAUCUAUUCACGUAAUAAUAUUGAUUUGAACGAAGUAUUUUAUAUCGAAGGUCAUGGAACUGGAACACAAGUUGGUGAUCCAAUUGAAGCAAAUACAUUGGGCAAAUUUUUUAAACGUUCACCUUAUAAUCCACCACUUUUAAUUGGUUCUGUUAAAAGUGUUAUCGGUCAUACGGAAGCAACUGCUGGAAUAGCAUCUUUAAUUAAAAUUGCAUUAUGUAUGAAAUAUCGAAUGUUAACACCAAAUAUGAAUUUUACUUCGCUCAAUCCAAAAAUUGAAGCGGAAAAAUAUAACUUGCAUGUUGUCAAUCACAUUAUCAAUUUUCCUGAGCAAAUGGUUACUGUUGGAAUUAAUAAUUUCGGUAUGGGUGGUAAUACUGCUCAUGCUAUCGUUAGCGAAUGGGUUGAAGAUCAUCCAUAUAAUUCCUCAAUACAUAUUGAUGAAAAAUUAGAACAAGAUUUUGUUCUGACAUUUUCUUCAAAAGGUGAUCAGUCAUUGAAAAUUCAUCUCGAAAAAGUUUCCAAAUGGCUUUCAACAAUACCUAGACAAUUCAUCGAAAAUGAUGAACAAUUAUUUCUUACAUACCUGAGUGAAAAACUUUUACUCAAACGAACAACUAAUUUCUCACAUCGAUUAUCAUUCGUUUGUUCAAAUUUCAAACAAUUAGAACAUCAAAUUCAAUCUUAUUUAGCAGAUCAAACGACAACACCAGGUGUUAUUCUUUCUCAAGACAAACUUUUAAUCGAACAUCAAUCAAAUUCGAAUAUUUGCUUUAUCUAUAGUGGUCAAGGUCCUCAAUGGUGGGCGAUGGGACGUCAAUUAUAUUUAACCGAACCUGUCUUUCGUCAUUGGAUAGACAAAUUACAUUUGGAAUUUCUUUCGGUCUCCAAUCAUUCAUUUUCACUUAUCAAAGAAUUAAUUGAACCAACUAAAGAAGAAGAUUCGCAAAUCAAUUUUACCAACAUUGCACAACCAUUAAUCUUAUCGGUUCAAAUCGCUUUGACUAGCUUAUGGUUAUCAUGGGGUAUUCGUCCCCAACAUAUCGUUGGUCAUUCAGUUGGUGAAGUCGCAGCUGCAUAUGUGGCUGGUCGUCUCUCAUUAAACGAAGCAGUUCAAAUUAUCUAUCAUCGAUCACGUGUUCAAAAUUAUAAUACCAAUCAAGGUGGUAAAAUGCUUGCAUUAUUUCUUAGUGAAGAUGAAACAAAUAAAUUACUAAUUAACUGUCAAGAUCGCAUUCAAAUAGCUGCUAUUAAUAGUCCAAAAUCAGUUACAUUAAGUGGUGAUAAAGAUGCUUUAGAGAAUCUUUAUAAUAAUCUUUCAAUAACACAACCAAAUGUUUAUAAAACAUGGCUGAAAAUUGAAAAUGCAUUUCAUAGUAAACAAAUGGAACGAUUUCAUAUUUAUGAAGAACUUAUCGAAAGCCUGUUGCAUAUAAAAGGAAAUGGAUAUCAUCAAGAAUUUGAUCAACUAUGUUCUAAUGCAAUACUUUAUUCAACUGUAACUGGAACUCGUAUGAAUGGAACCAGUUUAGAUGGUGAAUAUUGGUGGAAGAAUGUUCGAAAUCCAGUUUUAUUCAAUGAUGCUAUUCAAUCUAUUCUUUCUGAUAUGACACAAUCCAAAGCGAUUCCAGUAUUUAUUGAAAUAUCUGCACAUCCAGUCUUAUCAGCAACUAUUCCCGAAUGUUUUCAACAAUUCAGUCAAUCGCAUUCAUUAUUAUCGAAUCAAACACCAAUCGUUCUUCAUUCAUUGAAAAGAAAACAAAAUGAACAACAAACGAUGCUCUCAUCAUUAUGUUCGUUAUUUUCAUAUUUUGGUUCAAAUUUAGUUCAUUGGAAGAAAUUUUUCAACUCACGUUCAUAUUCUCAAAUUUUAUCGCAAGAACAUUCUCUAUCAAAAUCAAUCAAUUCUCUUCUUGAUACAUUACCCAAUUAUUCAUUUAAUCAUCAAAUCUAUUGGUAUGAAUCUAAAGAUUCAGUUUUUGCACGACGAGCUAUUAAACGAAAACAUCACCCGUUACUUGGUUAUCGUCGAUGGCAUCAUGACACUCCCGUGCCAGCAUGGAGAAAUAUUUUUACUAUGAAUUCAAAUGCAACGAAUCUAUCUUAUUUACUCGAUCACAAUAUUCAAGGAGCUACUCUAUUUCCUGCUGCCGCUUUUAUUGAACUGAUUUUUUCUGCUAUCAAUCAACUGUUACAAUACGUAUCAACCGAACAAAAAUCUAUUACCAUACAAAAUGUUCAAUUUCUUCAUGGUCUAGAAUUAAAUCCUGAAGUAACGAUUCAAUUAGAAACGGUGAUUAUUAUGCCUUUCAAAGAAUUCUAUGUCUAUAGUCGUCGAAAACAACCGAAUGAUUCUAUACGUACUUCCGGUAUCAGUGGAGAUGAUAUAACAACAAAGUAUGGAGAUGAACAGUUUUUACAUACCUAUUCAUCAAACGAGUGGACACUACAUUGUCGUGGUUUAAUCAAUUUGAAAGCCGAUGCUUCAUUAAUUAGUUCGAUGUAUGAUAUUGAUUCAAUUUUGAAUCGUUUACUACCAUCGAAUAAUCCGAAGACAACGAUAGUAGCUCAAACUGAAACUGAACUUGACAAAAUGUACAAAUAUUUUGAGAUUGCUGAUCAUAAAUUUGGGCCUCGAUUUCGAUCAAUCAAAGCUUUAUAUCGAUAUCAAUACGAAGCUUUGUUAGAACUUAUGAUUCCAUCUGCACUUGCAAACGAAGAAUAUUUCGAUCGCGAUGAAUAUAUUUGUCAUCCAGCAGUAUUAGAUGCUUGUUUUCAAGGAUUGAUUCCACUUAUUCCCGGAAAUUUCUAUGAACUUGGUAUUCCAAUCUCAAUUGAUGAAAUCACCUUAUUUGAUAGAAACAAGCAUCUUCUUUCAACUCAACAACAACUUUAUGCUACUCAAUCUGUGAACACAUCAGUUAACGGAAUUACGACUAACAAAACCUAUACGACAGAUAUGCUCGUUUUUAGUCAUUCAAAUCAAUCAUCUUCUUCGGAGCCAAUGGUGGCAUUUCGUGGAUUUAAAAUACAAAUACGUGAAGAUAGAAGUGUGGAUAAAUCAAUUUUUCAGAAAAUCGAAGAAAGUACUUCCAUUUGUAGUAAUAAUUCGAAAAAGAUUGUUCCUGUUAAUGAACUAAUCGAUCAUCUUUGUGCAUAUCAGUAUUGGAAUACUACUCAAUUGCAUACAAUUACAUCUACAACAAAUCCAUAUGAACAAUGGAUAAUUUUCUGUGAUCAGAAGCAACAUAUUUGCCAACAAAUUGCUGAAAUGCUAAUUAAAAAUCAAAUUAAACCUGAAAAUAUAACACUCAUUUAUUCAUCUAUUGACAAUGAGAAAACCAUCAAUCAACAAUCAUUAUUUAAAGAAAUAAUUAUCGAUGAUAUAUCUUCUAUUUCAAAGUUAAAUGAACUGAAGUCUUUCAAACAAAAUCAUCCGAUCAAUAUUGUCUUCGGUUGGCCACUUGAUUUGUCAAGUUUGAAUAAUAAUGUGAGUUUUCCAGGUGAAGAACGUUUUGAAUGUUCAACAUUGAUGCAUAUCGUACAAAUAAUCUAUGAAAUUAAAUUCGAUAAACAUCCAAAUAUCUUUAUUCUUACUGCAAAUGCUCAACCUUUAAAUAAUGGGCAAAAUUCAGAAAAAUUUGAUUUUCUUCCAUCGCCAGUCAUUGGUUUUGCAAAAUCGAUACUUAAUGAAUAUGCUAUCAAUCGAAUGAAACUAAUUGAUUUGCAAUUUUCUCAUUUGUCAGAAAAUUUGCUUCAAAUAAUUCUCAAUGAAAUGUAUUCAACCAUCUAUUCUUCAUCAGACACUUGUCAAGAUGAAGAAGUUGUAUUAACUUCUUCAAAUAAUAACCUCAUUCAACGAUAUAUACCCGAAUAUUCAAUCAUUGAUUCAUCAAAAGAUCGUAUGAUAAUAAACAAUCGACAACAAAAACUUAUUCCCAAAUUGAAUAGUGAUCAUAUACAUUUUCAAUUACAAGUGCCCAAAUCUCGAUUAAUAUCCGAUCUAAAAUGGAUUUCGAAUCCGACAAAUGCAACUGGUCUUACAUCGACCGAAGUCGAAAUCUCUGUACAUUGUGUCGGUCUGAAUUUUCGAGAUAUUUCAAAAUUACGUGGUUUACAUCCUCAUACACGUGGAAGUGAAGAUCAAUAUGAUAAAAAUGAAUUUAUUGGCAUGGGCUUUUCUGGAGUCGUCCUUCGGAAAGGUUCUGAUGUUCAUUUGAAUAUCAAUGAUCGAGUUUUCGGAAUGAUUACAAAUCAGAAUGUUUUUCAGUCACAUUUGAUCGUAAAUGAAAAUGAUCUUGUACAAGCACCAAGUGAUUUAACAAUGGUACAACUAUCGACAUUGCCAACGUAUAUAACUGCUUUUUAUUCUCUUCAAGAUUGUUUGAAAUUAAAAUCCUCACAAAUGAUAUUGAUUCAUUCAGCAGCAAGUGCAACUGGAUUAGCAUUUAUUCAGUAUGCAAAAAUGAUUGGAGCGAAUAUUAUUGCAACAGCUGGAACGAAAGAAAAACGAGAUUUCUUACGAGAAAAAUAUCAACUAGAACAUGUUUAUAAUGACAAAGAUUUAUCAUUUGUAAGACAAAUUCGUCAAAUUUAUCCAAAUGGUAUUGAUAUUAUCGUUAAUUCUCUUUCGGGACUAUUUCGAAAUGAAUCCUUAAAAUUACUUGCACCAUUCGGUCAUUUUAUUGAACUUAAUCAAAAUGAUAUCUAUGCCAAUUCGAAUUUAUCCUUAUUUCCACUAAGAACCAAUUGUACUUAUCAUGUCAUCGAUUUAACUUCUCUUCAAAAAUAUUCUCCGAAAAAAAUUCAAUGUUUAUUAAAAGAUAUUGCGAAUUUAUGUAACAUGAAACACUUAACGCCGAUUACACCAAUUCUAGAAUUUGAUGCAUCACAAAUAGAAGAAGCAUUCUCCGUAUAUUCUCAAAGAAGACAUGUUGGACAAUUUGUUAUCAAAAUUGCUCAAUCUGAUCGAGAACUACUCAUUGAAAAUGAUCCAACUGAAAAACAAACAUCACACAAACAUAUGUUUUCAAAAUCGGUUUGUAACGAAGGAACAAUUGUCAUUAGUGGUGGACUUGGUGGUCUUGGGAUUGAUAUAUCAAAAUGGAUGAUUAGAGAACGUGGUGUAAAACGAAUAGUUCUAUUAUCAAGAAGAGAUAUAGAUCAACUCGAAAAGACCAGUUAUCAGUAUAAAGAUUGGAGUUCUCUGCAAGAAAUUGCCAAAGAAAAUCAUGCGCUCGUCGAAGUUAUGAAAGCCGAUAUAAGAGAUUAUGAUCAAGUCUUCAACGCUCUUUGUCAUAUUAGUGAAAUAAAAUCUUAUCCAAUUCGUGGUAUUAUUCAUAGUGCAAUGGUUUUACAUGAUAGUUUAUUUCAAAAUUUAACGAAUGAAAUUUUACAUAAAGUAAUGCAACCUAAAAUUCAUGGCGCAUGGAAUCUUCAUCGUGCAACGGAAAUCUUAUCAUGUCCUUUGGAGUUUUUUAUUAUGUUUUCAUCAAUACGAAAUCAUAUUACGGGAGUUGGACAAUCAAAUUACAAUGCUGGAAAUAAUUUUCUCGAUUCGCUUGCAUAUUGGAGAUUGAAUUAUCGAAAUUUACCAGCAAUUUCGAUUGCUUUACCAGCUAUAUCAGGAGCUGGUUAUCUACAUAAUCAUGCUCAAUCGACUAUUGCAUUAAUGGAACAACAAGGAGUACAUUUGAUGCCAUCGAAAUAUGUUUUUCAAGUCAUUGAACAAUUACAACAUAAUCAAAAAGAACAACAACGAAUAUUAGGUAAAACGAAUCUUUUUAAUCCAAUUAUUUUUUCUGUCGAUUGGAAAACUUUACUUAUCACGAAUUUGCCAAUAAAAUUCAAUAAUUUUGUAAAACAAUUUUCCAAGACGAAUCCUGAAGAAACAAAGAUUUCAUCUGAUGAUAAUAACGAACAAUCAAACUUUGAUCUCGAUACCAUAACCAAUAAAAUCCGUUUACGAAUUUCCAAGUUAUUCGGUGCACUGAAUAGCAAUCGAAUCGAUUUAGUUAAACCAUUGAUUCAUCAAGGUAUGGAUUCGUUAACUGCUGUUGAACUUCGAACUUGGUUAGUAAGAGAAAUGUCAGUCAAUAUUCCUCUUGUCGAAUUAUUACAAGGCAUGUCAAUCAAUGAUCUUGCUCUAUAUAUUCAACAGAAAGCACUUCAACAUCAAACAAAUAUGAAUAUCAAUAAAAAUUCUCGUGAACUAUCAUCGAAAGAUAUUAAUAACAAUGAAAAUUCAUUAGUCAAUGCAGAAAGCGAAAAAGAUCACAAAGAAUUCGAAAGUUCGUAUAAUGGUACUUCACUUCUCUUACCACUUCAUUAUCCAGGAAAAAGAUCUACAUUAUUUUGUGUUCAUGAUAUCAUUGGUCUUUCGCAAACAUUCAUUCAGUUUGCAAUUCAUAUGGCGAAUAGUUAUCAGAAUGAAUGUCCAUCGAUAUUUGCUUUUCGUGCCAGUGGUUAUCAAACGAAAGAAUCAUUUCUUCAAUCGAUUGAAACUAUGGCUGAACAAUAUAUUUUUCAAAUGAAACGAGUUCAACCAACUGGGCCAUAUUAUCUACUUGGUUAUUCAUUCGGAGGACUUGUUGCUUAUGAAAUGGCUCGACAAUUAUAUGAAAAACAUCAAACAACUGUUCAAUCAUUGAUAUUAAUUGAUCCUCCAAUACCUAUUGAACAUCCACUGAUUCUACCAAAUCAAAUCAAAGAAAAUCUAUUUUGGUCAUUAAAAACAUUACAAUUUAUUUUUAAUUAUUUUACCAACGAUAAAACUUCAAAUCUUCUUCUUAAUCAAUUAUUUUCUUCUCCUCAGUCAUCGAUCGAAGAACAAGUACAAAUGUUAAUACAACAAGCUUCAUUAAUAUUGAAAACUCGUUUUCCUUUCUUGAAAGACAAUGAAGAAAUGUUUGAGAUUAUCAAAGCAAAUAUGAUAGCAAAAGAAUCUUAUACAUAUCAUACAGCAAAAACUUCGAAUGAUUUGAUCAAAAUCAAUCAUACAAUUAUGUUUACUUUAAAAGAUAAUCCUUCAAAUAAAACCAAACAUCAAAUAUGGAAAAGUUUAUUACCUCAUUUAAUAAUUGAAGAUGUUGACGGAACACAUCAGACACUUUUAGACAACCCAACUGUUCAGUUGAUUAUCGAUCGAUCAAAACAAAUGUUUACUUAUUGA